AUGGAAACAGAUACCGGUCCCAACUCCGAAACUCUCUUCCGACCAGUCAAGCGGAGAAAGUUCCUGCGCCGCAAGGAGAUCGAGCCCGAAGAGACACAAGAGGAGUCCCCAAUCGCAACCGCGGAGACCAAUCAGGAUGGCCAUCCUUCCGGAGCAAACGAUGCGAUUCCAUCUACGGAUUUCGCCCGUCUGCGACGACUGCAGCGAGGGCGCAAAGGUGGCAUCGAGUUCUCUACCACAUCUCGCCAAACCAGCGAUCGCACCGGCAGUCAAGGCGCAGGUGCAAUGGUAUCCGCCGAGGACCUCGAGAAUGAGAGGAUACGAGCCAUGUGUGACCGAUUUACAGUACAUACGGGUCAAACAGUCGAUGUCGACAAGCAUAUGAUGGCGUAUAUAGAAAACGAGAUGGCUAAGCGAUACCGGCCGAAGAUGCCUACAGAUACUACUGGCUCAGACGACGCUGCGUCUAACCGGACGACGUCGGAUGGAUUCGCAACAGCGGUAGCUUCGAAGCGUGAGCCUGCGUCCCUGGGUAAACUACAUGAGAUCGAUCUUGGCCAGGAAACGAAAAUGCAGAAUAUCGCAAGGACGGAAGCGGCUACAAGGAAGCUUGUGGGAGAGGACAUGUCGCCCGGCCUUGGAGAGUCCGCUUCCAGCACCGCUGGUGCGGGCAAGGCUGGGAGGCCGUGGCGUAAUCGGAAACGACGGAAUAGCGAAGACAUUGAGAGAGACCGGCUGGUGGAAGAGGUUCUGCGAGAAAGCAAAUUGGACGUCUAUGAUGAGCCAGAGGAGGAAGCUCCGGCAGACGAUCAAGCUGCUGAUGAUAGAGUUGCGGAGCAAUUCCGGCGAGACUUCCUUGAUGCCAUUCAGUCUCGCCGCCGCGUGGCACGAGCGAAGAAUACGAAGACAGCGGCCAAGCCCGAAGUCCCACGGGGCCCUAAACUGGGAGGGAGUCGGAGUGCGAGAGCUGCAAUGCGCGAAAGGCAAGAGAAAUCAGCCGGACGAAAAUGA